GAAACAAAAAACAAACAACAAAUAAGCAAUAAAUAAAUAAAUAAAUAACAAAAAGCAAUGUGUUGCACGCGCUGCACAAACUGAAACAACAAAAACAAAUGUGCGACAAGAAAACCUUGGAAAAGCUACGUGGAAAACUCAGUUAGUUUCGUCAAAUCUGAAAAACAAUUUCUCGACCGGAGAGAGAAAAAGCCGUAAAAUGUGCUAAAUAGAGAGUAAGCAGAGAAGCAAGCAAAACGCCACAACUCGGACCAAGUGAAGAGCCAACAGAGACAGAAACAUGGACAUGACCAAGGACAUUAUGGACUUCGAGCGGAAGUCGCUAGACAGCAGCAGCGUCGGCGGCGAGCAAUACGAGCCGAGCGACUACACAAUGGUAAAUUCAGAGCUGUCCAAGCAGGCGGAACACGAAAUGCCACUUGAGCUGGCCAAGCGAGAGGAGCCAGAGGCACAGCCAGAGCAGCUGCAGCACCAGCUGAAGGAGGAGACUCGGGCUGAGAAGCCAACUGUGCUCAAUGAACAGCCGCUGACCCCGCCGCCACGUCCGCUCACCUCCAGCGAGGUGGUGGGUCACAGUGAGCCCAGCGAUCCGGAGCUGCGCAUACAGCUGACGGCCAAGAAGAGCCGCUCCUUGCCCGUCUCUCCGCAGCCGCUGGUGGCCCACAAUUUGGCCGCGAUUGGACUCUUUGAGUUCGGCAAGAGCGUGGAGCAGCCGGAGCACAAGCCCAAAAUCAAUCACAAAUUGUUGCCACCUGUCAAUGUGGGCGUGGCGCAGCGCAAGGUGACGCCCACGGCGGGCGGAGACAAUCAACAGUUUUGCCUGCGCUGGAACAACUAUCAAUCGAAUCUGACAAACGUCUUCGAUGAGCUGCUGCAGAACGAAUCCUUCGUGGACGUGACGCUCGCCUGCGAUGGCCAGUCGAUCAAGGCACACAAAAUGGUACUGUCCGCCUGCUCACCCUACUUUCAGGCGCUGUUCUACGACAAUCCCUGCCAGCACCCGAUCAUCAUAAUGCGCGACGUCAACUGGUGCGAUUUGAAAGCUCUGGUCGAGUUCAUGUACAAGGGCGAGAUCAAUGUGUGCCAGGACCAAAUCAAUCCCUUGCUAAAGGUGGCCGAAACCUUGAAGAUACGCGGCCUGGCCGAGGUGGGCGCCGGGUCGAGCGGAGCGGGCAUUGGCGGCGCCUCGAUGCUGCCCGAGCAGCGCAUGAGCGUCUACGACGACGAUGAGGACGAGGACGAGUUGGCUGCUGCGGCAGCCCUACUGAACGAUGAAGACGACGAUGAACUGCUCAAGCCCAAGCGUGCUCGCCUGCUGGCCAAGCUGCGCGCUGCUGAAACUGCGCUCGAUCUCAAUCAGCGCCAGCGCAAGCGCUCGAGAGAUGGCAGCUAUGCCACGCCCAGUCCGCUGCGAUCGGAGUCACCAAAUUCACAGCUGGCGGCGCACAGCUCGCAGCUGCCGCUGGCCAUGACCACGUCCACAAUAGUGCGCAAUCCCUUUGCCUCGCCCAAUCCACAAACGCUGCCGGCCUCCUCCGCUUCGAGCAGCAACAGCAACAACAGCAACUGCAACAGCAGCAGCAACAGCAGCUCCACAGCCACAGCAUCCGCACAGCCUGCAGCCACAGUCUGCAGCGGCUCCAGCUCGACAGGUGCUCCUUCGAAUGGCUCAUCAGCCGCUGCCUAUCGCUCGCCACCGCCGCCGCCUCCACCGCCGCCCUCGGCGCACAGCAAUGGCAGCUCCGCAGCUGGACUUGGCUCACCAACUGGCAAUAAGAAUGCGGCUGCAGCAGCUGCUGCACAGUCGCAGCUGCCGCCGCACAUGGCCGCCGCUGUGGCUGCCGCAGCGCAUCACGCCUCUGCCAACGUGCCACCUCCGCCACCAGGCUCUGCCGCCUCCAUGCAUCAUCAUGCAGCCGCCGCUGCCGCUCAGCAAUUGGCCGCACAGCAUCAGCUCGCGCAUUCACAUGCUGCCAUGGCCAGCGUGCUGGGCGCUUCGCUGGCCGCCGCUGCUGCGGGCGGCGCUGCUGCGCCGGGCAGCGCAGCCGGCGCUGGCAAUGCCGCCUCCUCGGUGGGCGGACAUCAUGACGACAUGGAAAUCAAACCGGAAAUUGCUGAGAUGAUACGUGAAGAGGAGCGGGCCAAAAUGAUUGAGACGAGCGGACAUGCCUGGAUGGGCGCACCGGCAACAGGCGCAUCUGUGGCGGCAGACAGCUAUCAAUACCAGUUGCAGUCCAUGUGGCAAAAGUGCUGGAACACUAACCAACAGAAUCUGGUGCAACAGCUGCGCUUUCGUGAGCGCGGCCCACUCAAGUCCUGGCGCCCGGAAGCCAUGGCCGAGGCCAUAUUUAGCGUCCUAAAGGAGGGCCUGUCGCUGUCGCAAGCGGCUCGCAAAUACGAUAUACCCUAUCCGACAUUCGUGCUCUAUGCGAAUCGCGUGCACAAUAUGCUGGGACCCUCGCUCGACGGCGGCAGCGAUCCGCGGCCCAAGGCACGCGGCCGACCUCAACGCAUUCUGCUGGGCAUGUGGCCCGACGAGCUCAUACGCAGCGUCAUCAAGGCGGUUGUCUUUCGCGACUAUCGCGAGAUCAAGGAGGACAUUAACGCGCAUCCCUAUGCCAAUGGACAGUCGCAUGGCUCGCACUAUGGCAGCAACUCGGCAGCUGCUGCCAAUGGAUAUCACAGCGCAGCCGUCAAGAUGGCACCGCCCGAUGGCAGCAAUCCGCUGAGCACCAUGACAGAGACGCUGCGACGUCAGAUACUUUCCCAACAGCAGCAGCAACAACAACAUCAGCAGCAACAACAUCAACAAUCGCCGCACAUGCAGUCGAUGAACAUGUACAAGUCGCCAGCCUACUUGCAGCGUUCAGAGAUCGAGGAUCAGGUGUCGGCGGCAGCAGCUGUGGCAGCAGCCAAACAUCAGCAGAACGAGCGACGCGGCUCCGAAAAUCUGCCCGAUCUGAGCGCAUUGGGUCUGAUGGGCUUGCCUGGCUUGAAUGUGAUGCCCACGCAACAGCAGUCGGGCGGGCACCAGCGCAGCGGACCGGGCAAUGGAGGCAGUGCCGGUGGCGCCAUGCAUCCCAAUGCGGCCAGCUAUGCUCGUGAGUUGUCGCGCGAGCGAGAGCGUGAACGAGAGCGAGAGCGCGAGAUGUCGCGAGAUCGCGAGCUGAAGGAGGCAAUGCAUGCCCGACAGUAUGGGAAUCAUUCGCGCGGUUCGAACUCUUCGGCGGGCAGCAAGUCGGCGGCAUCGAGUCGUCCCGGUGCCGCUGCCUCACCCUACUCCGCGCACUAUGCCAAGCACGCCAAGGAGCAUCCCAGCUAUGCGUAUAACAAGCGCUUUCUCGAAAGUCUGCCAGCGGGCAUAGACUUCGAGGCAAUAGCAAAUGGCCUGCUCCAGAAGUCGGUGAACAAAAGUCCGCGCUUCGAGGACUUUUUUCCCGGCCAGGAUAUGAGUGAACUGUUUGCCAGUGCUGAUAGCAGCGCCGGCUCUGGCGCUGGCUCAGCGGCGGCGGCAGCAGCAGCAGCUGCAGCAGCGGCUGCCUAUGCGCCGGCGGGCAUGCGUGAAUCGCCGCUGAUGAAAAUCAAAUUGGAGCAGCAGCAGGCCGCUGAGCUGCCGCAUGAGGAUUGAGUGGAGAAGAUGCGGCCAGGCCGCUGGGUUGGCGCUUUUGAAGAGGCCAACUGUAAUCAAUUUGGACUGCUAUUUUAAAAUGCCCCCAACAAAAAAAAACCACCCCCACCCCCUUAAUGUUUAGGUUAUUUUAACGAGGUUCCAAAGACCGAGUUUUGAGAAUGCUUGCAACAUAGGCUUAAGGCACUAGAAUUAUAAAACGGUACGAGUAUUAACGUUACCCCACCACCAGCCCCAACACACACACGCAAACACACCGACACAUACACAUGCACUUCAGAACUUUCCUGUAAGGAUAAGAUCUCGCCUAUUAUUUAUUUAUGCAUUUCGUAUGCGCCUUAUUUUCU